UCCUAUCAAAGUUUUAUAUAUUUACAUUAUUGAUUUAAUGAGUAAAAUCAAUUCUAUUCCCCCUAAAUUAAAUUAAAAUAAUAAUGGAAACCACCGAGCGGUUCCAGACGAUUCCAGUCAUUGAACCACCCCCGCUCCGCCCAAGUAGCCGAUUCCCUCCGGGGUGGAAGCCGUCUCUCUGAUUACUAAUCGGGCGUUGCCCUGGCCCGCCAGAUGUCUCCUAUUCCGAGCCGAUGAAGGGGUUCAUCGAUCUGGCUUCCCCUCUGCGUCGCCCAAGCUCUCAUGCCCGCCAGAGAUGUUAGCUAGGCUUAAGAUUUUCUAAUAGUUUCAAGCUAAUGGUUCUGAAGACCACAUUUACUGCACCUCUCUGUUCCAUCCGUUCUUUGUUCUGUUCUCUCUCGAUCUUCUUCUCUGUCACUCUAUUUAUCCUUUUAAUCUCCAGUUCAAUUCCUCUUUUACUACCCCUUCGAAAUCUCCAAACCACCACAAGUUCCAUUAAAGUGUUUGUUGCAGACCUCCCCAGAUCCCUCAACUAUGGCCUUCUUGAGCAGUAUUGGUCUAUAACCUCGGAUACUAGGCUGGGGAGUGAAGUAGAUAAUGAAAUUAGAAAGGCCUUUUUGCCUAAGAUUUCUGACAGAUUUCGUCCGUAUCCUGAGAACCCACUGAUCAAACAGUACAGUGCAGAGUAUUGGAUAUUGGGAGAUUUAAUGACCCCUCCACAGUUGAGAAAAGGAUCUUUUGCUGAAAGGGUUUUUGAUGCCAAAGAUGCUGAUGUGAUUUUCGUGCCAUUUUUUGCAACAUUAAGUGCUGAAAUGCAAUUAGGGUUGAAUAAAGGAGCAUUUCGAAAGAAAAUAGGAAAUGAGGACUUCAAAAGGCAGAAAAUGGUUGUGGAUUUGCUGAAGCAGAGUGAGGCCUGGAAUCACUCAGGAGGCCGUGAUCAUGUAUUUGUUCUCACUGACCCUGUUGCAAUGUGGCAUGUUAGAGCUGAGAUUGCUCCAGCAGUUCUCCUUGUAGUGGAUUUUGGUGGUUGGUACAAGCUUGACUCAAAAGUAGCCAAUGACAGCACAACAGAUAUGAUACAUCACACUCAAGUUUCAUUGCUGAAAGAUGUGAUCGUUCCUUACACCCAUUUACUGCCCAAGUUGAAGUUAUCAGAAAACCGGAAACGCCCUACGCUUCUUUACUUCAAAGGAGCUAAGCAUAGACAUCGGGGAGGUCUCGUUCGAGAAAAAUUAUGGGACUUGCUGGUUAGUCAGUCUGGAGUGAUAAUGGAAGAAGGUUUUCCAAAUGCGACUGGGAAGGAGCAAUCGAUUAAGGGCAUGAGGACGUCUGACUUCUGCUUGCAUCCAGCAGGGGACACACCCACCUCAUGCAGGCUUUUUGAUGCCAUUCAGAGUCUCUGUAUCCCAGUCAUUGUCAGCGACGAUAUCGAGCUCCCAUUUGAAGGGCUGAUUGAUUAUUCAGAAUUUUCCGUCUUUGUAGCAGUUAGUGACGCACUCCAACCAAACUGGCUUGUCAGCCAUCUAACGAGGUAUUCAACUGCACAGAAAGAUGAACUUCGUAAAAACCUGGCUCGGGUGCAGCCCAUCUUUGACUAUGACAGCAGUGGUCAGAGUGGUGUGGGUCCCGUUCUUGCAGAUGGUGCAGUGAACUACAUAUGGAAGAAGGUUCAUCAAAAAGUACCCAUGAUCAAAGAAGCCAUCAUCCGAGAGAAAAGGAAGCCUCCAGGAGUAUCUGUUCCCCUUAGGUGUCACUGUACGUGAAGAAAUUCAAUGCUGGAUGUUGAAACUUGAACAUCAUAAUUUUUUUUUGUAUUUACACCAGAUUAUGCCUUAAUCCCUGGACCGUUUUUAGGUGCGAAACUCGUCUCUUUCAAAAUGACCAUCUUGAAGAGAUUGCCAAAGGUGCUGUUGAUUUCACAAUAUUAAUUAAUUUUGUAAUGAGACCUGAUUAUAGCAAUACCUCAAUGCAAUAGUAUCUCGUGAUAUUGGCUCGAAUGUCAUUUCAUUUUGAUCUUAAGUCAACACAGCUCAUUAGAAUUUAGAAGGGAUGUCUGGGGUAAAAAUUUGCCAAGGCUUAUGAGUUAUGAGUUUGUAAUGACAAACGGGGUUAAAAAAUAUU